UCAAAGGGGCCGAUAAGAAAUACCCGAGGAAAAACAACUCAGAACUGAGGUUCCAAACACUUUUGACCGGAGCCGUUAUAUGCAAUUCGAUUCUCAGGAUCAUAACGCACACGGCACACCCACCUCCCUCUCUCUCUCCCUCCCUCUCCCUCUCUCUCUCUCUGCUUGUAGACUUUUAAGUUUCCAACUUUUCAAUUCCAAUUAGGUCAAGAAACACACACAAUUUCCCUGUAAUACCAUACGAUGCCGCCCUUCAUGUCGGCAUCAAGGGCUGCAAGAACCCUACUUCAGCGCAAAAAUGGCCUUAAACCCUCAGUAUUAUGUAAUAGAAACAAAUGGGGCUUGGCAAAUCUUGUUCAAGUUGAAGGGCUAAGUAGCAUUGCUUGUGUAAACCAAUUUCUAUUAGGUAAUGGGAGUAGUCUUGCUGCAAAGAAGAGGCAUUUUUUUGUUAGUGAGUGUGAUUAUGGGGGGAUACGGAAGAGGGGUUUGCUCGGGUGUGGCGAUGGGGCGGAGGCUAAUGUUCUUGCUAAGGUUUAUGAGGAGAAACGCGUGUUAGGGUACUCUCAGGAGCAGCUAUAUUCGGUUGUUGCUGCAGUUGACUUGUAUUCAGAUUUUGUUCCUUGGUGUCAGAAAUCAGAUAUAGUUAGAUCCUUUCCUGAUGGAUCAUUUGAUGCUGAACUGGAGAUUGGUUUUAAAUUUCUUGUUGAACGAUACAUGUCGCAUGUCGAACUAAGUAAACCAAAAUAUGUGAAGACUACUGUAUCAGAAAGUGGCCUUUUUGAUCACUUAAUUAACGUGUGGGAAUUCAAUGAGGGUCCAGUACCAGGAACUUGCAGCCUAUAUUUCAUGGUAGAUUUUAAAUUUCAAUCACCAUUCUAUCGUCAGAUGGCAACAAUGUUUUUCAAGGAAGUUGUAUCUCGACUGGUUGGUUCAUUCAAUGACCGCUGCUGUACGAUUUACGGGCCAGGGGUUCCAGUCCAUGAAUACCACAUGACGAGCAAAGGAGGUUGAAAUCAGAAUCUUUAUAAGAUGCCUUGUAAAGUUGAUUCGUGUCCUACUGCUGGGGCAGAAGCAGAAAUUACAUUUCAUGAUGCAAGACUUUCAUCCGGGUCAUUAGAAAUUUUGUGCGCGCUCAUUGCUUCUAACUCAUUUGUGCACGGUCCUCAAAAGUACCUUGCUACAAUUCCUAUAUUCAGUGCACUUGAGAGAAUUAGUUUUUCACAAUGCUUAUGAACACAUUGUCUGUAAACAAGAAUGGUAAAAGCUCGUUACGAAGUGCCAUUAGCAAGGUACUUAGUAGAUCAACACAAUGUAGCAACUGAUGUUUUUGGUCAUUAUUCUUGGUUAGGCAAAUACCUAAACCAAAAAAUUAUCAAGUUCUAAAGCUAUGCUUUCAGCCUCAAAUUCUUCAAGACACUUUCACUUGUAUGUUCUCCAAUA